AUGGCUUUGUCCACAACCAUUUUGCAACACUAGACGAGCAGCUGUUUUAAAAUGUCAAAAAGUUCGCCGUGUGGAAUUUGGCAAUUUUCAUAGAAUAAUUUGUUGGUCAAGUUCAACGACAAACACACAACUAAUAACAAUGCCUAACGUUUCGGUUGACUUAAGGAAACAUUUAAUUCAAUGCAAGUGACAAAAAGCAUACAAAAGCAGGAAACAUAAAGCACGCAACGUCAACAACAACAAAUUUAAGAGGAGCAGCAAAAUAGUUCAACUUCUGCUGGUAACAGACGGCGGCCCUUCAUUUCGAAAAAGAAAAAUUGCAACAUGAAAUUGCUUGGCAAAUACGUAGAUAAGGGCAUGCAGGGUAAUGUAUCCCUCGUGCCUGAGGAGCCAGAGGACAUGUGGCACGCCUACAACCUAAUUGCUGAGGGUGACAGCGUCCGUAGCACCACCAUACGCAAGGUACAGAAUGAAACGGCCACCGGAUCAUCCACCAGCAGUCGAGUGCGCACUACACUGACCAUUGCUGUGGAGAGCAUCGAUUUUGAUACGCAGGCCUGUGUGCUGCGUCUGAAGGGUCGGAACAUUGAAGAGAAUCAAUAUGUAAAAAUGGGUGCCUAUCAUACGCUCGAUUUGGAGUUGAAUCGCAAAUUUGAGCUGCGUAAGCCGGAGUGGGACACAAUCGCAUUGGAGCGAAUUGACAUGGCCUGCGAUCCCACCCAGUCGGCGGAUGUUGCGGCUGUUGUUAUGCAGGAGGGCUUGGCGCAUGUCUGCCUCAUUACAGCCAGCAUGACGCUAGUGCGAAGCAAAAUCGAGGUAUCCAUACCGCGUAAACGCAAAGGCAAUGUCCAGCAGCACGAAAAGGGACUGGCCAAGUUCUAUGAACAGGUCAUGCAAAGUAUAUUACGGCAUGUUAACUUUGAAAUAGUUAAAUGUGUGCUCAUUGCUUCACCGGGCUUUGUGCGAGAUCAGUUCUACGACUAUAUGUUCCAGCAGGCGGUCAAAAUGGACUAUAAGGUGUUGUUGGAUAACAAGAGCAGAUUCAUGCUGGUUCAUGCAUCCUCUGGCUUUAAGCAUUCCCUCAGAGAGGUUCUGCAAGAUCCCGCUGUGGUAGCUAAAAUGUCUGAUACAAAGGCUUUGGGUGAGGUUAAAGCAUUGGAAGUGUUCUAUAUGAUGCUGCAAUGUGAACCAGCCAAGGCUUUCUAUGGCAAAAAGCAUGUACUGCGUGCUGCUGAGGCACAAUCUAUCGAAACUUUGCUCAUUUCCGACAAUCUGUUCAGGUGCCAAGACGUAAAUCUCAGGAAAGAAUAUGUUAACUUGGUUGAAUCGGUGCGCGAUGCCGGAGGCGAGGUGAAAAUCUUCUCCAGUAUGCAUAUAUCGGGCGAACAACUUUCUCAAUUAACGGGUAUUGCUGCUAUUUUACGUUUUCCUAUGCCAGAACUGGAGGACAGCGACGACGAUGACGAUGAGGAUGGAGCGGCGGGCGGCGACAACAGCGAUAGCGAUUGAGGAAUCUAUAUCUAGAAGAUCCUUAGGCAUUUUUUUCUAUUCAAAUGGUUUAUUUAACAUAAUCGGAAACAAAGGCGACGAACGCAUGACUCUUUUUAUAAAUAUACAGAAAUAAAAAAUAAUUCUAUAUAUAUAGCAUAAUAGGCACUACUUAUGGCAGACUAGGACUGUGUCAGGGCAUAUACAAUAUACGAGUACUAUAUACUUAUACAAAUAAUUAGAUUAUAUGAUACAAGCGACAAAUUGUUAGUUAAAAUUACAAAAAAAAAAAAAAACAAAUCUAAAAAUAGUUUUUCUAUAGCCAAGUCAAUCUAUAUAAUUCGCCUCAUCUAGAAAUCUUAAGAAAUAUGAAAGUAAUCCGUGCUCUAGUUCUUCUAUUUAUAACAAAUGUUUCUAAUGCUUUACUGCUGUUCUUCUUGUUAUACUAUAUUUAAUGAUUAUACAUAUUUAAGUUUUUAUAUACUAUACUCAUGUGUUCUUUUCACAUCCUGC